UCCGGUUACUGGCGUCAGCUGGAGUUACAGAGCUCGUUCAAAACUCAAAGCAAAUAUGUUUUCAUGUUGGAGAAACCUUAAAAUAUCUCGCGCUAUUAUUUGCAGCGGGACUGCACGUGCAGCUUUGACUCUCUGCAGCGACACGCGAGCUCUGCGCGUGAAUCCCAGCAGAAAGUGUUCAGGGAAACGGUUCAAUGUGCCACCGAGCGCCGAGUUUGUGGCCAGAGUGUCGGGGAUCCCCACCAUGGCCAAGCUGCCUUUCCAGGAGACGCCGGACGGGCUCGAUGCGGCGUUUGUCGGCGUCCCGAUUGACACCGGGACCUCGAACCGACCCGGUGCAAGGUUUGGCCCCAGGCAGAUCAGAGUGGAAUCUGCCCUGUUGAGAUCUUACAACAGCGGCACAAGGGCGGCACCGUACGAGUCCCUCAUGGUGGCGGACAUCGGGGACGUCAAUGUGAACGUGUAUGACCUGAAGGACACCUGCAAACGCAUCAGAGAGGCCUACAGGAAGAUCCUGGCUGCCGGCUGUAUUCCUCUGACUAUGGGUGGCGAUCACACAAUCGCAUAUCCAAUCCUGCAAGCUGUCGCUGAGAAGCAUGGCCCAGUGGGUCUGAUCCAUGUGGACGCUCAUGCGGACACCAGUGACGUGGUGUUGGGGGAGAAGAUUGGACACGGGACCCCGUUCAGACGCUGUGUGGAGGAGGGGCUGCUGGACUGCAAGAGAGUGGUCCAGAUCGGCCUGCGUGGUACCGGUUACUCUGCAGAUUCAUACGAAUGGAGCCGGGCACAGGGUUUCCGGGUGGUACAAGUGGAGGAGUGUUGGUUUAAAUCUCUUGCGCCUCUGAUGGCUGAGGUCAGAGCUCAGAUGGGCAGCGGUCCAGUGUAUCUCAGUUUCGACAUCGAUGCUCUUGACCCGGGUUUCGCCCCUGGAACCGGCACACCAGAGAUAGCAGGACUUACACCCAUACAGGGAGUUGAGAUUAUUCGGGGCUGCCGGGGUCUAAACCUGGUUGGAUGUGAUCUGGUGGAGGUAUCUCCUCCCUACGACACCACAGGGAACACUGCACUGACUGGUGCCAACCUCCUUUUUGAAAUGUUGUGCGUCCUCCCAAAAAUUAAAUACUACUGAUCAGUACUGAUCGCAUAGAACAGUUCAGGCAGUUUGAUUAUGAUGAAUACAGACACCAAAUAAGCAGACUGUCCUGCUAAAUAAACCAAUAAGGAAGGCAAAUUACCCAUCAGUGCAAUUUUAUGUUUUUUUUUGUUGUUUUAUUAAAACUGUUGAGAUGAUGAAUGAUGUCUUGAUAUAUCCAUGCAAAAUAUUCAUCCUAUCAGUCAAGCUGCAUACUCUUCAAAAUGAUAAUCUCAGGUCUGUAAGAGAAAAGAUUAUAUCAUAUAUAACACACAGUACCAACAAAAUUAUAUUAAUGACAAUUUUACAGCUCAUGUUGAUGAAAUAAAUGAAU